AUGGGCCAGCAACGGCUCCACCCGCGCCGCGCUCAUCCCGCGCUACCUUCCCCAGUCACUCGUGAUGAGGUGAUUGGACGGGUGAUAGAGUGCAAAGUUUGGGCGGCACGCUUCUGGGUAUUUUCUCAAAUGGAAACCAUACCUGGCCUUCACAUCUGCCCAAUCAUCAACCGGACGCGUGCUAUCGAGAUGCUGGCGAGUCAGAAGCCUCCGAAGGCAAAUUAUCCCGAGGGAUCGUUCCAAAGCUCUGAAAAAGUCAAGUAG